AUGCCGCCUUUCAGCCCCUUGCGUGCGGUUGCCUAUGGCGCUUUGCCCUGCGUCUCUCCGACGGCUGAGCAGUGGGCACAGGGCAUGGAGUCCUGCAAUUACUAUGGUCUGCCCUCCGAGGACAUGCUGCAAGAGGGCUAUGCCAUACAAUGGGGAGCAGAGGGUCGCAAUGACCUCGGGCGCAUGAAGGCUUUGGGCGCCAAUGCUGUUCGCCUGUAUCACUCGCUGGGGCUGGAAUCCGAGGGCAGCCACCAGGGAUUCCUCGAUCGCGCGAGCGAAUUGCAGCUGAAUGUGAUGCCAGGUUUCCACAGCACUGAGCCCAGCCUUUGCGACGACUUCGACUGCUUCGAGUUCUGGAGGGAUGCGACUCUCAAAGGCUUCGAGCAAGGCUUCGCUGCCGACGGCCAGUGGCAUCCGGCUGUGUCAGCAUUGAUCCUCCUGAACGAGCCCGACUUCUUCGAACACGACCCGCUCUGCAAGGGUAGAGGUGCUUUUUGUCGAGUGAAGGCGGCGAUCUCGGCCUUGGAUGGUGUUCUGGCUGCUGAGGACUUCGCCGGAGUGGCGCCCGGGCGGGUGCACCUUACUGUGACAUGGUCCUUCGCCAUGCGGACGUCUAUUGAUGAUGUGGUGCAGGGUCCUGGCACUUUUGGGUUUCAGGACAUGCUGGCUGUGGUGAAAGACCCGAGCUUGGUAGACUACACACCGCGGACGCCACUGAGUCGGAUACAGUCUGAGUUCGAGAAGAGGUGGGUGCAUGGCUUGAACACCCAGUCGCCAUGGUCCUUUGUCAGCGAGUUCGUCUCCCAGCACUACGAGAAAUACGACAACUUCGGCAACCUUCCCUGGUUCAUUGGCGAGUAUGGAGCAAAUGGCCAGGACGAGGACGUCAUCAUCUCGGACUUGACGUCGAUGGAGCAACGUGCCGUGGAUGACUCGCUCUUCUUGGGGGCUGCUGUGUUCCAGUUUCAGACGGCCUACAGCAAGGGGGGUUCGGAGUUGAACUUCGGACUCUACAGCUUGGGCACAAGGAAAUUGGGUAUGACGGGGGACGUCUGCGACCGGAAAAGCCCUUGCAUGAAGUGGCCGGUGUUCUGCCUGAGCACGGAGCUGCCAUGGUUCCAGUCGAAGCCCCAACUGGCCAAGCGGGCAACAGCAGUGGCGGCAGCUUGGGCUGGCGAUGCCACAGCCGAUUCGCCCGGCUUGUGUUCAUGA